AACCAAGUUUCUCUCUCUCUCCAUCUCUAAUCUCUCUCCAUAUAUGAACAGGGUUUCAAUAAUGGAAGCAGCCACCGUACUGUCGGUGCUGCUGCUUUGCGCCACCACCUACACCGCCGUCGCAAUCACCGACGGAUUGUUGUCAAACGGGAACUUCGAGCUCGGGCCGAAGCCUGAGGACAUGAAAGGCACGGAGGUGCUAAAGCACGAUGCAAUCCCAGGGUGGAAGAUAUCUGGUUUCGUUGAGUAUAUAAAAUCGGGGCAAAAACAAGGGGACAUGUUGCUGGUUGUCCCCGAGGGAGCCUAUGCAGUUAGGCUUGGAAAUGAAGCAACAAUCGAGCAGACCAUAAACGUGACUAAAGGGAUGUAUUAUUCCAUCACGUUUAGUGCUGCUCGAACAUGUGCGCAGGAAGAGAAAUUGAAUGUGUCGGUUGCACCUGAUUUUGGGGUGUUACCGAUGCAAACUUUAUAUAGCAGUAGCGGAUGGGAUUCAUAUGCAUGGGCUUUCCAGGCCGAGUAUAGUACAGUUACGAUUUUGCUACAUAAUCCCGGAGUCGAGGAGGAUCCGGCAUGUGGCCCGCUUAUCGAUUCUAUUGCCAUCAAAACUUUAUACCCUCCCAGACCAUCAAAAGAUAAUAUACUGAAAAACGGAGGAUUUGAAGAAGGGCCGUAUAUAUUUCCAAACACAUCAUGGGGUGUGUUGGUACCACCAAACAUCGAAGAUGAUCACUCUCCACUCCCGGCUUGGAUGGUGGAGUCACUUAAAGCUGUAAAGUACAUUGACGUGGACCAUUUCUCGGUACCACAAGGAAGACGGGCUGUCGAGCUUGUGGCAGGGAAGGAGAGUGCGAUAGCUCAAGUAGCCAGAACAGUUGUUGGGAAGACAUAUCAACUUUUCUUCGCUGUUGGAGAUGCUAACAACGCAUGUGAAGGGUCUAUGAUUGUGGAGGCGUUCGCCAACAAAGAAACCCUCAAAGUGCCUUAUCAGUCGAAGGGUAAAGGAGGGUUUAAGCGUGCGGUUCUUAAGUUUGUGGCAACUAGCACAAGAACCAGAAUCAUGUUCUACAGUACUUUUUACACUAUGAGAAGUGACGAUUUCUCUUCACUGUGUGGACCUGUCAUCGAUGAUGUUAAGCUUUUGAGUGUUCGAAACCCUCGUAGACUUGCGUGAAAGGAUCGAGAAGCCAUGGUCAAUUUGGUUCCAAACUAAAGUGAUUGGAAUAUUUCUAAACUAAGGACGGUUUUUUUAUUUAGUAAAGAAUAAACAAGCUCUUUUUUUGGUUUUUCUUAAUUUAGUAUAAUGGACUUCAUACAUAAGAGUAGUAACCUAAGAAGGGUAUAUAAAGAGAGUUGAAAAUGGUGUGAUUUUUAUUCUAUAUGUAACUUCACUUUAAUAAAUGAAAAAGAUGAUACAUGGUGUGUAUUUAUCCUAUUA